AAACCUUUACCAGUGUACGAUUAUAAUACUAAAUUUCCAUAUGAAAUUGAUGACGAUGGAGAAGAAGCUCAAGAUGUAGCGAAUCAUAUGCACUUUUCUAAAUUAAUGAAGAUUUAUGGAAAUGUUUUACAAUCAAAAUCAUAUUUUUCACAACCAGGAGCCUUAAGAAAUACUUUACCUGCUAUUGACGCAACUUUAAACUCAUGGUCAUUAGCAUUACCCUCACAUUUACAAUUUAAUCCUCCACCUGUUGGUGAUCCUGAACCAAAUUCUAUAUCUUUAUUUU